CAGUGUGUAGAUAAGAACGCCGGUUUUCGCCCAACAGCACCACCUAUCAACAAACCGAGGGUAGUGCUGAGCGCCAGACAUGCUGCUCCGAACGUGGAUGCUGGUACUGCUGACAGUGACAUGGACGGCAUCGGCUGAUGACAAGAGUGGAGACGGAGACGAAGAUCUCGGCGUCGGCCUCAAGAUGGCCUUUCGCUUGUACGACGAGUGCGAGAGACGCGGUGACACCCUGGCGGUGUGCCUCAAGAUGCGAGCUGUGAACCUCCUGGACCGAGCCAUGCGUUUGCCGGAAAUCCCUCUGGGGGAGUCGGUGCUACUGGUGCGGUCGUCGGAAGAGGAUGACGCGACAGGCGGCAGCAGAGGCGCGUCCCAAGACGACCUUGCGGAUCGCAGCGGCAACCCUGACCAGAGGGAGGCCAGAGUGGACCGAGCCCUCAUGGACCGCGUGGCGCGCUUCAUCAGCUCCCAUAGGCUGCAGCUGACGCUGCCCAGGCUGCAGGGCGAGGACCUGGAGAGGGGCGUCGAGGAAGGACGUGGUAAGAUGAAGAAGAUGAUGGGCAUGAUGAUGAUGGGCAUGGCCUCCAAGAUGGCCGGCCUGAUCCCCGCAGCCAUCGCCGGCCUGUUCCUGCUGGCGGGCAAGGCACUCAUCGUGAGUAAGAUGGCGCUGGUGCUGAUCCUGGUGAUCGCGCUCAAGAAGAUCGUGGCGCAGCGGCAGAGCGAGGGCGGCCACCACUACGAGAUGGCGCACGGCUGGCAGGGCGGCCACGGCGGCGGCGGCCACGGGGGCGGCGGCCACGGCGGAGCCGACUGGGACCGCCGCUCGCUGGCCGCCCACCGCAUGGCGUACCGCGCGCAGCACCGGCCCAGGGCGGCCGACGCCGGCGCAGCUGCGGCAAAGGAGAAGGCCGUGGCGUAGGGGCGACGCCGCGCCGGACCAGCGUGCGCUCUGCUCUCUCUGCCACUCUCCUCGGCGCUCGGUGACGUACACCGAGUCAUCUGCGCCCCCAGUUGCACUUUGAACGCCAAUGUCCUCCUCCCACACUCCACUAACAACGAUCACUCACUACACCGUUACCUAAUAUAAUUCACUUUGUUCCCUUGGAACCGUCGGACAAAACUAUAGUUUACAAGUAGUUUUCUACGUGAUAUUCUCUGGUCAGUGUCUUCCUCCCACGCUCUUUUAAGCUGUUUUGAAGGAGACCGAUAACUGCCUAGUUCUUUAAUCCAAUAGUUUUCUUUCUGCAACUUUACUAAAGCUAGCAAUCUAAAAAGGUUUCCAUGUCAAACAUCAAAAUUUCAACUGUUCUUACCAAAUCAUAAGAUUUAUUUGGUGCGCACUAGCCACUGGCGAAGAAACAGUAGUGUUUUAUUCGUUGUAGCCGUCUUUCUCCCUCAGGCUGACAGUGCUAAUUGUCUUCAUCCAAAGUCUGCGAAACCACGCAGUUCCACAGUAGCUACUUAAACUGUGCAUUAAAAUUACAAGACGUUUCAGAGUUUAUGGAAAGGUCAAGCGGAUACAGUUUUCUUGUGUGGCAAAAUUCUCGAAAACUUGCAGUGGCGGAAGUAUCUACUUCUAAGUGAUCUUCAUAUGAGAUGAUGCAUAAAUGGCUUUGUGACAAAGCAUUCGAUUUUACAGAUGACACUGAAAUUUCAGUUGUAGAGAAAAAACAGCUCUUUUGACAUUUCUGUAGAGCCCACCCAAAAACUAAUUUACGUAUUACCUCCCAAGACUGAUUAAAGACAGCUACAACACUUGAAAGUGAACAGUUACAGAUUUUUAUCACUAAGAAAAGUGUAAUGUUGACCCUCUCGUCGUUGUGAGGGGACUCCAUUGUAACCACUAAUAUAUCUCCCACAUCAUUAUCUAAUUCAUUUUCUUCGCCUGAAUGACAUAUAAUUUACGAUACGUCCAAAAGAAGUCGAAUCUAUACUCUAUUUUAAUUUUUAAAAAUGUUUUUGCAUAUGUUAUUAAAAGAUUUUUUCAUUUCCAAGUACAUUACUAUAUUACCAGAAUAAGAGAUCCAUGCCAUUGGUUCAAAGAUAUAUGGAAGAAUAGAGUGAGAUCUUAUCUUUAAUUUCUUUCAAAACUGAACAGAUACUGCGGCAGAGCCUCAUAUUUCUCUACCGUAGCACCCUCCGACUCAUUUUGCUUCUACUGCAUUUGCGACAUGUUGAAGGAAAGAUUAAAUUUCUCUUGUUCCUUUCAAUGUGUAAUGGAUCUUCUCACGUCUGUUUAUCUGCACGUCUGGUGCUCUACUAUCAAACUAACAGUUCCACACCAUUUUCUCGGGAGUGCAGAGAAGACUAGAGCCCACUUUUAUGUAAACCGUCGUACAAAAUGAAUUAUGUUUUAUUUAUUUUAUGAAUUGUCACGAGUGAUUAUAAUUUAUUGUGUGAAUGUGAGUGACCUGCAUAUGUAUGUGCGUGUGUGUGUGUGUAAUUUUCUAAGAAUAUCUCAGGUGUAAUUCGUAACAAAAACGACCAACAAAGCCAGUCAGCGUGUGUUGAGCAGCUGUGACACAGCACCAUUAAUCACGAGGAGGGCAUUAGAGAGCCUGCAUACCGCCACGGUGAGCGGCGUCCCCUCCACACCCCGGCCACGGCCGGUGUCACAGGGCAGGCGGACAGAUAGACGUCGGCGUGAGAGAGCCCGCUUCCGCACGGCCGUGACCCUGCACGCGCAGCCGUGCGCUGCGUUGUUCCAGAGAUCUGUCUACCUGCUGUGCGUGGGAACACUUCCCGCGGGCGGAACUCUACAGAACUACUUCCCGGAACGAAACAGUGCUUCUCUUCACAUUACAACCGCAUCGGGCAGCUCCAGCGGCUGUCACGGGAAUUGUAUUGUCUGUAUGUUGCCCUCGCUGUACACGCUCAUUAAUGUUCAUUAAACGCAUCACUAUUAUUUGUUUAA